GAUUUUUUUCCACCGGCCAAAAAAUUAAAGUCUGACAAUGGCGGGUUUGGCUGAAAAAAAGACCAGAGGAGGAGGUGGUGGUCAGGCCCAGCCAUCGAAUUCAAGCUCCGGCACCACCGGCAAUAACAGCCAACAACAAAUUCAAAGAAGUUUAUCUCGCCGUGUAUCAUUCAACGAGUCCACUAUCAAACAAUCCCCUAAAUCUGUAACCGAAUCCGUGGUUAGUUCCGUUGUUACAGACAUUGAAUCCCAAAAGAAUCCUCCUCCUAAAAAACGUUCGUCCCGAUUCAAUCUCUGCUGCGCCUGGGCUUCCCUCGUCGUCGGAGUAUUAACCAUUCUCAUCCUCGUCCUCGGCGGCGUAUCCUUUCUGUUCUUCCAAUCCAACUUGCCGGACUUCCGUUUUGAGAGCCUCAAUGUUACAUCUUUUGAGAUUGUAAGAGCCCCGAAUUCGGAUACCCUUUUGAGUGCAGAUAUCGAAGUGACCCUAAACGCCACCAACAAAAACGACAAGAUUCCGGUGUUUUACAGCUCCCUGACGGCGGAUUUGUCCUCCGACGGGGUCUCACUGGGGAGCAUGCAGCUCCCGGAUCUGUUGCAGAGGCCUCAGAAUUUCACCGACCUGAAGAUCCACUCUGUCCUUAACAAUGUGACUGUUUCCGAAGACGCGCAGGACUUGCAGACCAAAUCCGAAAAGCACCAGCUGCUGAUUGAUCUUGUGAUUAGAGGAAACGUUCAUUUCGAUCUUCAGGGCCAGAGAUUGGCGGGAUUCCCUUUCAAAGUUAUCUGCCAAGACGUUUAUCAAGGCUUGCUUGAUGAUGGGAAAACACCCAAAUGCAUUGUCAAAUUGACCCCUGUCAGUUGAUGAUGAUCGGGAAGGCGAAAAAAGAUACGUAAAAAACACAGACGAUGCAUUUUAUCGUUUGUCGAAUAUUGUGAAUGAGGAAGGACUUGAGAUUAUUAUUUCUUCCUGUGUCAUCCUGUUCCUGUGUAAUGAAUGUAUAAAGCAGGCUGCUCUGGAUUCUGGUGUCUGGUCAAUCUGGAAACUUGAAAAUAAUUAUCUCGAGUAAAUAUGGAGGCAAGAUAGAAUGUACCAAAUUGUAUUUCCUAGAAUUGACUCUCCUUUACCCAUUUUCACUGUUAAUGGUUAUCUUUUGGAUCAAAACUAUUUUUUGUUAAAGUUUUGAGGUAGUAUUAUUGUUAGGUUUAAAGUUUCAUUUCAACUGAAGAGAAUCACCAG